AUGAUUCUCUCAGGCAGUUCGAAUCCUGAGCUCUCGGAAGAAGUGGCGGCGAGGAUCGGAACGAAAUUGGGAGCGUGCAGAACCGGACAUGCUGCUGAUGGGAAAGUCUUCAUCGAAAUCGAUGAAGACAUCCGCGGGAAAGAUGUUUUCAUCAUUCAAUCGACGUGUCCGCCGGAUAUUAAUGACAAACUCAUGGAGUUGAUGCUGAUGAUUAGCACUUGUCGCAGAGCGAGUGCGCGAGAAGUCACGAGCAUUGUUCCCUACUUCGGAUAUGCGCGGCAGAACCGCAGACAAUCCAAGCGUGUCGCCAUCUCAGCUGCAGAUGUGGCUCGACUUCUGGAGGCGAUGGGAGUCGAUCGGAUUGUAUCCGUUGAUCUCCGCUGCGGCCAGAUCCAAGGAUUCUUCGGUCCUUUCAUUCCUGUGGAUGAUCUUCCAGGAAGUUGUGUAGGAGUGGACUAUUUUGCCAAAAUGGAAUUGGAGAAACCAGUAAUCGUGUCAUACAACGCUGGACAUGUUUUUCGCGCCAAGCAAUUUCGAGAUGGGUUAAUGUCCAAGCACGAUGUUGAUGCAGGCGUUGCAAUGGUGAUAAAACAGGAAAGUUUCCAACAUGAAAACAGCUUUUUGAACCUGGUGGGAAAUGUGGAUGGCUCGGAUUGUAUUCUUGUGGAUGACUUAAUUGACACGUCCGAAGCUUUGUGUGCUGCUGCAAAGGUUCUAAAGGAGCAUGGCGCACGUCGUGUUUACGCGUUUGCUUCCCAUGGACUCUUUUCCAAAGAUGCCAACACGCUGAUUAGAAAUUCAGAACUAGAGAAGGUCGUCGUGUUGAACACGGUUCCCCUGUCGAAACAAUCCAGGGAAAAUGAAAAAAUAGAGCAGUUGUCGAUCGCAGCGUUGCUGGCAGAUGCUGUUUGCGCGAUUAGUGAAAAGCGAUCUGUUUCAGAGCUUACAAAAAGGCGAUAA